AUGAAAGGUCCAACUGCACAUCAGGAUCGAUGCAAAGUGGUCCAAGUAACACCCUCGACAAUUCGCUCCCUCCUGAAUGUUGCCAACAAAAAAAUCCUUAAGUGCACAAAAAGGGAUUCUAUACAUGUUGGCGAAAUGAAGGGGAGGGUGACAAUACGCCACGAAGAGAGGGAAACGAAAAAUCGGAAGACGCUGCAAGGAGAAUGUUGGAAUUUGACCCCGAUGGUAUACAAACAAAGUGUCGCAAAGAUUAAAGGGGUCAGAAGCAACAUAUGUAAAAGGGUGCGAAGCGACAUAUGUAAGAGAGUGCUGUGGAGAAGGAACCAAUUUGGCGUGUAUUUACUGAAUGACUCGAAGGAGAAGUCAAGAAGGAAAAAGAAGAAAAAGAAGAAGAGGAAAACAGUCCAGCUCCUCCGUGGAAAAGGCGAUCUGUCCGAUUUUGUCUCGCUCAUUGACAUAUUCGUAAGGCGCGAAAGCGGAGCGGAACACACAAAGACGAAUUUCUUCCCAUUUUUAAAGUCCACUUUUGUAAACCGCAUAAUGCAACUGUCAAAGCAUAUCCAUGAAAGAGGAGGAAUCAACAGCACAACAAUAGAAGAUGUUGCUGUGAUGAAGGUACAGAAAACAAGAGGAAGGAAAAGGCAUCACUUGGAGGCCUCCCCCCAAUGUAAUCACUAUACGCACAAGAGUGUCCACUGUAAAGGGGAUGUCGCCCACGAUGCAGCCCAUUCGAUAAAAUGCACCAAUGGAGGGGGCAGUGGUGCGAAAGGUAAAGCCAACGAUAGGGGAAGCAGCACUCGAGACGGCUCAGCGUGUGGUGGCUCCCCCCGUGGUGACCGAGAACAGGGGAGGAAAGAGAACGAUGACAGCGGCCAUGGGGGAGGAAGCGGCCAUGGAGGAGGAAGCGGCGAUGGGGGAGGAAGCGGCAAUGGGGGAGGAAGCGGCAAUGGUGGAGGAAGCGCAAAUGAUCAGAAGGAUCAGAGCGAUCAUAACGGACAAAGCAGCCAGAGUGACCAGGGCGACCAGAGCGAUCAGAGCAACCGGAGCAGCCAAAGCGAUCGAAGCGGAAGAAGCCGGGGGGGGCCCCCCGCGCGGAACUCCCAACGCAGCAGUAGCUUCCAGUCCAACCAAGCCAUGUACACGAGCGCGAAGGUGCAAGCGCAAAUGCCAAAGCGCACACGCCGUAGGAAGAAAAUAGUCGUCAGUUCAUCCACGUCCAACGAUAACGAGUCCUCCAUUUACAACAUUUUUGAGGAAGAUUUUACAUUCUUUUAUCCUAACCAUUCCAACCCGUUUAGCUACUCCAGUAGUGAUAAUCGAGAUGGGACGGGGCAGACGGGGCAAACGGACGGCAGGAUGUGCAACUCUUAUGAGGUUAACAAAGCCCCCAUUUCGAAUGGCAGAAGAGACCACCUCCAUAACGUGAAAGGAGGUGUAGAGUACAAUCAAACGGAAAGGAGAAGUCAGAUGGAAAAGUUUCAAGAAGGUUUGUUGGUACCACCUGAUGGAGGUACCUUCGAGGGGUUAUCGGACCGAAAGAGAGGGAAGACCAAGAAGAAGAAGAAAAAAAAAAAAAAAAAAAAAAUGACGAUGAUGAUGGACAUGAUGGAUAACACGGUGAAGACAAUGCGCGGGAUGGACGCGAACGGGCUGAACGAUAACACGACGGGUGAGGAAGACCAGACAGGUCAAGUCAACCCUGGGAAGCCACAGAGAAACACGCAAAGGAAUAGACCAACACGUACCCACGGAGGUUACUCAGACCACUACACAUCCAGCAGCUCAAAAAAUUCCUCUCCAUACAGCGAACAAGUGGACAUCUGCGAUAAAACAAACUCGAACAUCUUCCUGUACAAGAAGGAAAAUAUCCUACGCUUGAAGAAAACCCACUAUGGAAAGAAAAGAAGAAAAAAUUACAAUGACAUCAUUUAUCACAUAGAUACGAUUGUAAAUGUGAACAAAAAAGUAAAAGUGGUGAUUAUCGGAGCGGGCAUGUCGGGACUAGCAGCUGCAUACGUUCUUCUCAACCAUAACGUUGAUGUAACUGUGUACGAAGCAAGGAACAGAAUCGGUGGCAAGUUUUUUUACUCAUCGAAUGAAAAAAAAAACUACCUAGGAGAAGUGGACCUCCUAGUCAAUCGGAAUAAUCCCCUCAUAAACUUCUGCCUCAAGAAAAACAUCUACCACAAAGAUGUGAAUAGGCACUUCUACAAACACUAUGUAUACAUUAAUGGGAAAAAGAUAUAUAAGCAUCAAAUGAGGAACGAAUUUUUCAAGGUUCUUCACAAACUGAGGUUCUACUACGACCAGAUUUUUAACUCUUCCUUUUUUCACAACCUGAAGGAUAAAAACGUCCUCCUCUCUAUGUCGCUGGGGGAAGCCAUUCGGACAGAAGUCGCCAAAAUGAAGGGCGAAAGGAAUCCAAAAAGUGUCUAUGUCCAAUUGUACAUUUCCUAUCUGGAAGCCAUUGCUGGAAUUAACUUAGACUCCCUGUCUAUUCAGUACCUCUUCUACAGCGUCAGCUUCCUUGACGUGUUUCAGACCAUAUGUUGCAACUUUGAGCUCACGGAAAUAUUUAAAAAAUUGAAAAAAAAUAUCAUCAUAAAAAAAAACAAAAUUGUUAAUAAAAUAUACGCUUAUAAUGAUAACAUCAAAAUUGGCUUUGCCAAUCAUGUCGACAAUAGACUGUACGACUACUGCAUCGUGGCGGUUCCCAUUGGAGUUCUAAAGGACAGCGUCAGGUUCUUCGGCCGCACCAAGAAGGGGAGAAGCCACCGUCCGGGGCACCCUCCCCAAGUGGGAAAGUUAAAGCGGGUUGGAGAGAUGCCUCACUUGGGGGAGUUACCUCACCCGGGGGAGUCACCCGAGAUUGAGCAGCACUCCCCUACCCGUGCUGGUCUCCUGCUAGUGAACAACCUCACCGUGGGGGAAUCAAACCAACCUCAGAGGGGCGAUCAUCCGAAAGAGGCUCCCCCUGGAGAGCCGAACGAGGGCGUCCCACGGCCGAAAGCCCUAUCACGGCACCCCCCCUCAGAAUCACACAGCGCACUCCCUUGGGGAAAAAAUCAUAAUCAGAACGCGUCCACCUCGAGUGACUACCUCAUAAACAACAUAGACAUUACGACGAACGAGAACAGAAGCACGUGCAGAUUCAAAGGUUCCAGCAACAACGGGGUACUUUACUUCAGUGGGGAAGGCUGCGCGAGCCUGCCUAGGUGCUCCUCCCAAACGAACAGCAACCUUAACGUCUGUCAAGCGGACAAGUCUUGUAAUUUUCUCUGUGGAACCGUUUGCAGCGCUUGCGGCGUCGGCAGCGGGCGAAGCAAACUGCCUCCGGACCAUAGUCCAAAUGGAUACUCGUUACAGAAUGCAAAUGCACAAAGUGCUCAGAGCUCCAACAAGCAGGGGACCCUCUCCGAUGGAAAGAACACACAUAUCUUCAACAUUGGAAGCUGUGUGAAGUGUAGGGAAGAGAACCCCAAAGGAGCCACCCUCCACAAUAAUCUAAGUCGACAGCCGAUGGCGAAGUAUGCGCAGUGUAUCUCUAGAGACCCGCCAACGAGGGGGAGGGGGACUAUCAAAUGGGAUCGAGCAGAGGGGACAAAUCGAGACGGUACGUGGAAGGGGAAGAAAAAACACCCUAAGAAAGAUCCUGGGGGGAAGCCACAUGGAAAUCCAAGGGGAUACCCAAACACAACGAUAAGGGACCUCCCCGAUCAAGAGAGCACAGGACUGAUCGAGUUCAUUCCGAAACUCCCCAAGUGGAAGACAAACAGCAUUCACAGAUUAGGGGUAACCAAAAAUAACAAAAUUGUUGUCACGCUGAAGGAGAGGAUUGUAGAGAGCACUCAGAAUGUUAGCAUUUUUUUUAACUGCAAAAAGGCGAAAAGGGAAGGCACCCCCAAGGAGGGGAGGCGGUUUCACGAGAUGUCCAAAAAGGAGGUCCCCAAUAGGGAUGACCUUUUUGCAAAUCCGCCGUUUACACCGGAUCGGGGAAGUACUACCUCAUGUCUUGCUACCAACGUGCACCUUGCCAAUAAGACAGCCAUGGAUAUCUCUCUCUCCAUGGAGGUGUCCAAUUCGAGAGAGGAUGGAAAUGGCGAGGGGGACUUUCCCCCCAGGGAGGCGACGAAGGAGGAGCCGCUACAAGCGGAACCUAACGACGGGGGAAUGCCAAUUGAGGAGGCACCAAAGGACAUUGAAGAAGCACUGCAGUAUGAGAAUGCCCUCCCCCCCACUGAAGGGACCCAUAACAAAAGUCAUGUGUACCGGCGUCCCCCCUUCAACCGUAUAGACGAAAUGAGCUUUAUAGGGUGCCUCAAGAGGGAGCGUCUCAUGAACGGAGAGAAGCAUCAUCGCUGCACCCACGAAAGUAACGUCCGGACGAACAAAUACAACCACAUCGUCAUCUACAGUGCACACCCAGUCAUCGCCCUCUUCCUGAGGAAGAAGUACAGAAAGAAAACGUCCAAAUUGGAAAAAAAAAUCAUUAUAAAUGAUUGCAAGUCGUUUCUGAAAGACCUACUACCUGGGAUUAAAAUAGAGAAGAUAUGUUACUACGAUUGGGUGGGAAAUAAGUUUUCUCGUGGUUUGAAUUCCUUCGUUGGAAGGAGGACUCUGCAGAUAGACAAGGACAUAGUAUCAUUCCCAGUUAAUAGAGUCCUAUUCGCGGGGGAGCAUACACACAACAGCGGAGGUAGCUCACUGGUGAGUUCCUUCCUCAGUGGAAAGAGGGAGGCCUACAGGAUCAUCGAGAAAAUGAAUAACGCUAUUUGUAAGAACAAAUUAGUGAAGCACUUUUACAGUAGGGAGAUCUCUGGGGAGGUGGAAGGGCCCAGCGGCAGAUGCAUCAUCACCGUGGAUAGGGACAUUCCCCUGGGUAAUACCAUAUGCAACAUUGGAGAAGGUAGCGUCGCUACGCCGUGUAGUGAGGGGGCACGACCUUCCGAGCAGGGGUACAACACUCGACACGCACGGUACUCAACGUAUGGACAAGCUAGAGUUCCCAAAGAAAUCAUCAUCAAGGACAUAGACUCAAGCUACUUCCUCUACGUCUACGACGAUGAAGUACUCGGAUUGGAAAAAAAAGAAUACAACGCAUGGUUCCAGACCGUCAGGUGCAUACUCUGUAACGAAAAACAGACCCUAAGUAGACUCUUCAUUGGUGUCAUCAAGCUGAAACAUAAAAACGGUUCCUACCUUAAGUACACCUGUCAUAGAGACUGCCUCUAUUUUAAUAACUACACGUAUAAUCAUGUCUAUGGAAACAGAUAUUUCAAUCUGACUGUCCUUUUUAACUUCCUCUUCUACAAGAGGUGCUCAAUUUGCUUACUUAACUUCCCCUCGUUAAAAUGCAGCUUAACCAAUUGCAAUAAUUUCCUCCAUGUGAACUGUGCCAGCAGCUACUUGUCGUGGCCCAACUUCAGCAAGACCAGUAGACAUGAGAUCCUGUACUGUUACAAGCACCAGUAUAUGCACGGGAUUCAUCACAACCACUGUGAGGAGGAGGGAAGUGAGAAGGUCCUUCGCCGGCUCAGAGAUAGGAACAGUCGUGAUGACUACCCGGUGGGUGUGGACGCGGGGGAGGGACAACUACGAGGAGGAGAAGAGGCAAGACGGAUGGGGAGCAGCAUCAGGAGGCUUCCAAGCGGAAGCGGAAGCAGAAGCCACGGAAGGGGCGACAACUGGGAUGAGGACCACCCAGAUCGGUACAGCGACCGAUACGACUACGGAUGCAGCGACCGAUAUAGCAACCGCUAUACAGAUUACAACCCCCUCCUGCUACCUCUCCACGGGUUCUAUUCCCCCCUUGGGGAGGGAACAAACCAAUCUAGUAGUAACCACGUCACACCCUCCGCCAACCCGUCCGUGUUCCUCUACACAGACAGAUUCUGCAACCCCCCCAGAAGCAGCACCAAAUCGAAGUACCCACCCAUAGAAGAACUUACAGACAACGUGCACGCAAACAUAAGCAAGCUAAUGAAGCACUACAGAGAAAAAAAUAAUCAGAGGGCAGCUCAAAUGGAUCUCACCUUCAAUCUUAGAAGCUUCAACUAUGUCAACGAAAAUCUCUACACGUAUGUAAGGAAGAAAUACACGAAAGCUUUCCCUUCAUCGGACCCGUUAAGUGCUUUGCUUCGUGAAUCACCCUUCGAGAAUGAGGCCAACCCAGAGGAAGUGUUAGGAGGAUUGGAUAGGGGCCUCCUAGGGUUGAGCUAUCUAAACAAAGAUGUGCUCAUGCUUAAUGGGUUGCUUAAGAUGUCACUUCUGCAUGGCGUGGGAUCUUACUUUCACCCGGACGUGAUGCUGCCUAUCAGCGGCAGGUACGAUGGCAUUGUCGAGGAGGGCUUCUUAGAACAUCUGCCCAGUCACCCGGAGGACACCAAUGCGCACUCGGUGGGGAAGCACCGCCAUGAGGGAGCCCCUUUACACAGCGGAGAGGAAGACGCUCCAAGUGCGGUCAACGGUAACGCGGUCAACCGGGGUAACGCUUCCAGUGCGGCCAACCCGCUUAGCCCUCCCGACGACGCUCAGAACAACCUACGAAAUGACGCCUCCCCCCGCGCAGACAAAGAAGCAAAGAAUCACUUCAACUUGGCAAGUACACAAAGGGGUCCUUUUAUCACUGAAGAAGAUUCAGAUAUCCUAAAGGUAAUGUACGAACAAGGGAUUUUUGGUACCCCCGAAAAAGAUGGGGUUUAUCAGCCCAGCAGCAGCCACGUGAAGGUUGAUGGGAACUGGGACGAAGCCGAAGGGGAAACUCAGCGGAGGAAUGACACCAGUUCACACACAUACGAGGGUAUCCGAAGGGGGGACUCUUCACGUGAAGAUCCCAGGGGGGUAGCAAAUCAUGAUGACGCAAAAUCAACAAAGCUAAGAAGACAAAGACAGACGCAACAGAUGAAGGAUGCCAACCAGCAAUACAACUCGAAGAACUAUCCCCAGUCUGCCAGCCCACCAGGGAUCAUACCCCAUGUGGACAGUGGCAAUUAUAACCUCAUGCUCAACCUGCUCUCAAACUACUUCCGAGAAGUGAGCCAAGGCAGAAGGAGAAUGAUGAGCAGCACAGGGGUGUUGUACACACCGAACGGUCGCACAAACGGCGCCACUCACAAUCACAACGCCAACUGGGCGAGCGGCGCGCGGGAUUCCUUCUCGAACCAUCUCCCAAACGAGGCACAAAAACGAAUCGGCGGCAUCAUCAGUUAUCCCCCCAACGUUGCCCACAAGGAGAAUCAAGUAGACAUGGAAGCGGAGCAAAGUAGCAACCGUUUCGCUACGGAAGGGUUCAACAACUCGACGAGCAUACUCCGUAGGCAGACGACACAGAAGAGGGACACACCUCACGGGCAGAUGCUCGUGGGAGUGUCCAAAGUGGAAGAACCGAAUCAGCCAAAAAAGAGAAAAAACGUCCCACACAAUAACAAACUUGAAAUGCUAUACAAGCUGUACCUGCACAAGAAUAACCUAGACUACUCCGAUGAGAAUGAAAAUGAUCCCUCGUCGCAUAGGACGGGUAAAAGACUGUUUCGAAACAAGUUGCUGGAAAAUUACUAUCAUAUCUUGAAUGGCAAUUUGAGGAGGGAGAGGAUGAAGCGCAGUGGGGCGGAUUCUAACCAGAGGAAUGACACGGCGUGUGAGAAUGCCAUGGAAGUGGCAGCCGUGCUGAGCAACCAGGACAAUCGAAGGGGGGAUAGUUCAACCGCUUCGCAAACGGGGGACAGCUUAACAGCUUCGCAGACGGGAGACAGCCUAACCGCAUCGCAAAGGGAAGACCAUUCAGACGAACACAUCUCCAGCCAAAAUGCUCACCAGAGGAAAGUAAUGAAAAAACGAAUGAUUGAAAGACAACACCAAGGUGUGAGACCCCACUCUGAUACCGAACCAGCAAACUAUAUAAAAAGGCAGAUACAGCUGCAUGAGGAGCAGCCGACCGAUUACAAAGGAACUCUCUUCUUUCACACACAGGACCAGGCGAAGAAUCAAUUCUUACCCCAUAAUGGAGUGACAAAAACGAGGAGACGAAACGAUAUGGAUCAAAGGAUACACGUACUUGACGAAAUAAUGGAGGAAGCGCAAAGGCGUCGUUAUAACGAUCGUCUUGUACCAAAGGAGGUAGAUAAAACAGCGAGCCAAGAUCAUGCCACUGCACUCCAGCCUGGCAACAGAGUGAGACUUCAAAAAAAAAAAAAAAAUUACACCAAUGCAGCGGACCACGUGAAUGAGCAACUAUUGCUCAACCACUUUGGAGGCGUAGAUCUGGUUCGAAUCUUUAACACUCUCAGCCACACGGAGAAGGAGCAGCUCAUUUCGAUUCUGCUGAAUGUGAGAGAUGAGGUGGAUGAGACGGAUGACGUGGACGAGGUGGACCAUUCGGAUGAGACGGAUGACGUGGAUAACGCGGAGAAUGGGGAGAACCCAGACGAGAUGCAACGCCGCGAAGACGGCGAAAGGAAAAGGGAGGAAACCAGUUACGGAUCCUACCCCUUCAACCCUCCGACACACACCGGGAGCAAGCCACCAACAGAGCAACACGAAUCAUCGAAUAGGGACAACUGGACCUAUAACACGAGAAGGAAAACGAAGAGUGUGGCUUCUUUAGUGUAUCCGGCUGAGCAGCCAAUUGAGGACUACUACGAUAAUGAGGAAGGGGUCUUUACGGAUGUCGGCCCGUCCAACGCGGCAUACAGCGCAGCCCCACCAACCUAUGGUGAAGACAACAGGAGGAACCCGAUAAGUAUAAAUGCCAAGGCAACGAACGAGAAGGAAGCAAGCAUGAGCAACAGCAACCACAGUAAGCAAAAGGGAAAGAUAAAGAAAAAUGAUGACGUCUCUACUCCAAUUGGAAACUCCUCUGAUAAAAAGAGGAGAAUGAAAAAUCUCAACACAGCUUCGUCAAAUGUGAGCAGCCUCUCCAGUGCGUUAAUCAAGAACAGUGGUAGGAACGAUUACGGUGGUGUACUCCCCUUUUACGUGUCGGAGGGGAACAAGGAAAGGGUCACAAACUGGGAAGAUAAUUAUCACACCACGGGUGACAUGACCGGAAGCUAUUUCAGCAGGAGGGCUUCCGAGACCAAUGAUGCCACCUGCAACGAGUUAUCCUCACACCAAUUCAGCCGAAGCGACAGAAUGCACAGUGACCAGUAUGACGGCAGGGCGGCCAUCCCAUUCAGGACAACUCUGACUAGCUACAGCGACUUAGAGAGACACUCUCUGCUGAGCGAAGGAAGAAGAAGCGAAAGCAGAAGCGGAGGCAGAAGCGGAAGAGGACUGUUUGGGCAUUACCACAACGAUAAGAUGACCAGGAGAAAGAUCGCGCAUGCGGGCGGCAGGCAGGGAGCGGCCACCACAGCAACCACUGCUACUGCCCCUAGUGGCGCUACUACCGGCGGCACAGGCACCACCACGGUCAGUGACCCCUUUAACAGCACCAACUCGAAGGAACCGAUGGACAUGGCGGAGCGCACCCAGUUUAGUCCACUCCCACGGGGGAAAACCAAAAGAAGAAACGCAAAGGAGACCACCCACAGUGGCACUAACACAAACCGUCACAUGCAAUCCUACCCCAAAGGAACCAGUAAAAAAAGGAACAAUUACAACCUAGACAAGUUACUGCACCUGAUACGAACUAAUCAAUACAUGCGAACGGACAAAGAGAAAGUGAAAGAGAUUAACAGCAUAGUUAGGGAACUGGCCGACUCUCUUAGCACCGAGAGGGGCAUCCAUCAAAGAACCCUCACUACGGAUUAUUCACAGAUGUCCGUGUUUAAUGACGGUGAGAAAUCCCCCCAGGAUGGUACACAAAGAAGAAACAGAAACGUGAGAAGAAGGAAAGAUCCGAACUACAAUUUGAGGCCAAUUAAAAAUAGCAUAUAUGAUGGUGGAAGGAUGAUGAAAGAGAGUACUGGGAGUCAUAUCGACCACGGAGCUGAACACACUGGUAUGAUAGAGAAGGGGCAUGACAGGCGAGUAUUGGAUCACCACAGAGGAAGAGAGGACAACCUAAUCUGCUUCAAGGAGGACGGUUUGAAGACUCAGAAAGCAACAUCAGUCCCACAUGGGGUAACACCAGCGGCAAGAGACGUAGACGAAAGUAAAGAGGCACACGUUAUAGGAACACAGAGAAAUAUGACUGACUACCCUGGCCAUCUUGGCCAGUGGGGGAACUUCAGCAGCAGAAACGCAGCGAUCACUGGGGACGCCGCUACCCCAGAUAGCCAAGCUAAUCCCCCCAACUUCCCCGGUGAGGAAGGGCGAAGCAAAAGGAACAAUUACCCACUAGCCCAAGUGAGCACGCUCCACAGUGUGUACGAUACAGAUCUGAGCAAUAGCCUCAUGGGCACGCAGGCCACCUACAGCCUGAUCAAAUACAAUUUAACGAAAAACAACCUAAUCAAUAACGUCUUGAGUGACAUGAAAUCGAAUCUCUCCCAGCAGAAUUUGAUGAACACCUCGAGUAGCCUCGCUUACCCUGAUACGAUGGAGGACACGAAGGACGUCUCGUCUUAUCACUCCCAGAAGAGGCGGAAGUUGUAG